UUUUAUCAGAAUGUAAAUGUGGGCGGAGAAAGUGUGAUGAAUGACAGAACUGAUGGAGGAAGAGAUAGAAAAAAAGAUGAUUCUGAUGUAAGUGGGGACUCAGAUAUAAGCAGGAUGCUAAUGGAGAAGGAGUUCUGAAGAAAGGACUUUGAAAACAAUUGAAAAGACCAAGAUGACUCAAAACUCAUCCGAUCAGCAGGAAAUUCUCCAGUUCACCCAGGGACAGGCUCAGUCUGAGGAAUCAAACUCACUGGUCAAGAACCAACGGUUAGGGCUCCGGCUUUUUCAGUUUUGUCUUGCCUCCUGUAUCAUUGGUACAGUCAUGGGGUUGGGGUUCUACUUCCUGCAGAAAAAAACUCAAGACCCUCUUCCCUGUCUCUCUCCAGCAUGCAUGAGGGUAGCAGAACGCUUCUCUGCAGGCAUGGAUCCUUUGUCUCGACCCUGUGAUUAUUUCCAGUUCACUUGUAAAGCAGAAAUGUCACAUAAGAGCAGAGGCAAACACAGAGGCAAUGCCACCAGACAAGAUGUGAUGAGAAGGAGAGAGAGGAGAGGUGGUGGAAUAAGAAUGGACAUAGUGUCAGAUACUGAAAAGAAGAGAGAUGACAGAUUACCUGACAGACAGACAGCUUUGCUCCAAGCAAUAAAAGAGAUUCUGGAGUCUCCCAAAAGGACUGCUAGCAGUGCAGAACAGAAAGCACAGACCUUCUAUAACACCUGCAUGAGGCCCAACAUUACAUUGAAUGAGAGCAUAUAUCACAUCCAAAUGCUAAUACAGAAGCUGGGUGGCUGGCCUGUACCUGGGAACUGGACUGAGCCUGAGAUGAACUCCAUUCUGGCUCUGGUGAUGACGCAGUACAACACCUUUCCAUUCUUUAAUGUGCAUGUGGGCCCUGACCGUAAUAAAAGCCAAAACUGCAUACAGAUUGAUCAACCCGAGUUUCAUUUCCCUAUUGAGUGGAACAACCAAAUAAACAGAUCCAAAUUCAACUCACAGUUUCUGCGCCCAUUCUUCUCAUCUUGUAAGGAGCUUUUGACUCUGUUGAAUGUUCCCUUCACCAGCAGAACUCAGCACUGUGGCUUGUAUAUGUCUCUGAGUUCAACUUUAGUUACAAAUACUUCACCUGCUUCCUACCGACGCAGCCAGAAUCUCAUGAACCUUCGAAUGACCAUCCAGGAGUUACAGGAGCUGGCCCCCAAUAUUGAUUGGCUCAGAUGUCUCCAGGCUAUCUUUCAUCCUGUUCCUGUCAGCAAAUCAGAUUUUGUGUUAGUGCACAAUCGUCCUUAUAUCAUCUACAUGUCAGAGACAAUCAGCAAAUGGAGGCAUCAACAUAGAAGUAUGGACAGUUAUCCUCUCCAUACUUACAUGAUCAUGAAUGCUCUGCAAAAACUCAUGCCUGCUCUGCACACCGGAUUCAUGCAGACUAUGAAAAACUUCUCUGUAGCCACUAACAAUGAAAAUGAGGUUGCACCAUGUUGGAAACACUGUGUACUGCAGACAGUGAAAGGUUUUAAUACUUUGAUCAGUCAUUUGAUCAAAGAUCAUUAUGCUGGUGAAGAGGCUGACAAGCUGAUCAGUGAUAUUUACUCCUCCUUCAAGACCAAAAUAGCCACCUUGAACUGGCAGAAUGGAGACACACAGGAUUUCGUUUUGAAUAAGAUUACUGCUCUCACUCCAAGACUCUCCACUGACAAUGAAUUCUUCAAUCAGCUGAAACUUGAUGAGCAUUUUGGAGAGGUCAUUAUGAGUGAGAAGAACUAUUUCUCCAACUACCUGCAGAUGCUGGUUCUUCAGCAGAAGAUGAGGAGCAGACUGCUCUCUCACACUCCACAGCCUCAUGUUUUGUCCAUCCAACCAUUUAUAUCUGGUAAUGAUAUCAUCAUCCCAGUUGGAAUGUUCGUGUCACAACAGUUUCAUUCCUCCUAUCCAAGAGCUGUCAACUAUGGGAUGUUGGGAACUAUAAUUGCAAAGGACCUCCUGCAUCUGCUGUUGCCUGAUAUCCUAUCUCAGUCAGAGAGCGCUGUGCUGGAGAGUGAGUGUGUGUGGUCACACUAUCUCACAGCACAGAAGGGAACUUCCUCUCUCUCUCCAUCCCAGAAGCAGGAAGUGUGGGUGCAGUACUCAGCCCUUCAGGUGGCACUAUUGGCAUAUAAAAAGAGUUUGCUGAGACAUUCAAGUGACACCUCCUUGUCAGGACUCUCACAUGUUCAUUUGUUUCUCAUCUCAUUCACCCAGGCAAGCUGUGACUCUGAGCCAUAUACAGCACCCAUGCCAUUUGAACCCUCCUUCCUGGUGACUGUGCUUUGUGUCAACUCUGUACACUGUCCCAAACCAAUGACUUGUGUGAAAAACAGAUCUCAUGGACAGCUUCCUGACCUGUGUUAAGAAGUGUGGACAUGCUGAAGAAUAUUAUUCAUAGCUGAGCAAUUAAGUGGACACUAAUACAGUAUGAUGCUGCUCAGAAAUUGGAUGGAUACAACGAGCAUUGACAUGGAGAUCAUGACAGUUACAGCGAACACAUAAAGUCAUUAUAAUAUUUCACAUUUUGCAUAUAUACUCUUCAUUAUAGAUCAGAAGUUUUAGUCUCAGGUUUUACAAUCAGUAUUUUAUCAGCAUUAUCUAUCUCCGUCCCAGGCUCAAUCCCCGCAUUCGGGUUACUGUGGUUUUUAUUUGUUUUGUUGUUGUUGUUGUUUUUACAUUUUCUCUGUAACUGUGUAGGUUUCCUCUGGGUUACCAUUAGUUUCUUUCCACCAGUCAAAAGAAUGAUCAAAUCUGUGCACAAGUCAUUCUUGUGCCCAGUGCACAGGAUCUGGAUACACAACCGAGAGAGGACGAAUAGUUUACUGAAGAAAAGUGAAAGAAUUAUCCAUCCCUGUGGCCAUGUUCAACUGAUUAACGAUUGUGUGUGAUUAAUUCUUGAAAUGUUUUAGACAUGAUGAUAUAAUAAGAUAAAGUACUUCUAUUCAAUUUGUGUACAUAAUUGAAAAAAUGUACAAUCAUGUGAAUUGCA